AUGUCCUGCGGCGGGGCGCGCAGGCGCGAGCGCAGCCCCGCGGCCGAGUGCGCCGACAACCGCUCCUCGAGGUCCUCGAGCGUCGACUUGAACGCGCGCACCACGCGCAGCUGCAACCGAAACCGUGCUCACGUCCGACCCGACACCGACCCGCUCCGCCCCGCGCGGUCCGACCCGCCCGCGCUGCCCACUGAGUGUGGCGUGGAUCCGGCGACCGGGUGGCUAGGGCACGCUGGGGAGAGGCUGGAGCACGCUAGGGGCACGCUAGGGUGGUACCGUGAGCGUCCGUCGCACGCAGCGCGCCGGCACUCGCCGCGCCCGCCACUACACCUCGGUCUCGAGCACGGGCCGGGGCUGCCAACAACAUCGCUCUACCACGCGCGCCUCGCCCCACUCCACACCGUCCUACACCGCAGCCCUAGCUUUACACCGGCUCCGACAGACAGGGGACUACCCUACACCCACUACUCGCCCCCACAUCGGCGAACGUGGAAUUACUUAGCACCAUUUUAG